UGCUAUUGUACAUUGAUUUAUAAAGUUACUCAUUAUAUUAUUAGUUUUGUUGAUUGAGAGGCAAAAACGACAAUAUGACAGAAUCGGCACGGUCAGAAUCUUCGAGACAAUGUAUUUGCAUUGAGGAUAGCACGUCGUCUUCGUCUCCGCUCAAUAUAGAAUGCGUGUGUCCGAGAGACGAGCAUGAUAUUGUACUUCAUGAGGAGACGUGUGUGUUGUAUAAGAACGAAAAAUUAAUUUUCCCUCAUGAACCUGAAACAUGUGAAUGCGAGUCACCUUCCCUCGAAGACGGUAUCUGCAAAUGCUGCGCAUGCCCUGUCGAUCAGUGCAAGAAAUCGGAAAGGGAAACCUUUGAUCAAUGGCGUAGUAAUCGUGAUAUGGGCGCCAUGCCCGCCGUACUCGAGUCCACACACCCGCUCAUGCAGAAGUUUCAGGACACCUUGAAACGAUUUCUUGAGAAGGAGAAUGCUAUUGCUGAAGAGGAAAUUCUUAAUUUGCGCGACGAACUGAAAUUGAGCAAACAAGCGUACGAAAAAGAUCUAGAAGCUAUAUACCGCAGUGACCACGACACCAAUGCACAAAGGGUUCUGAUAGAAGAAUAUGAAGCCACAUUGGGACAGAGAACCAAAGAACGUGAAAAUGCUGAGCAGCGAGCGCGAGAGGCCAACGAGAGGUACAAGAAAGUUACUGAGAAGUUGGAACAAGAUAUUAUUUCUGAAAGAGAAGCAACAGAAGAAUUAGAAGCUCUCACCGCUCUAUGUCGACAACUGGAAGAAUGGCGCGAUGAAACCGAAUCGGACCUUACGGUCAGCCAGCGUAUAUCCGACAAGAUGAGGACAGAGAAGAGGACCCUGGCUGACGAGAAGCGGCAGUUGGACAUGAUUAUUUUGGGUUUAAGCAACGAAGUCUGGAAACUCGAGUCUAAACUGGAGUUAUUCCAGAAACAGCUCGAGAUAAAGAACAAUGAAAUGGAGAAAGUAAAUGAUAAGGUAACUGCGUACGCUGCAGAACUAGAGGACUUGGAACUGGAUAAACGUAGGCUAGUGAGCCUGUGGAACUCUGUGUUAGUUAACAUACAGCAACGGGACAAAGUGUACGACUCUGUAAGAGACGACUACAGAACUUUGCAAGAGAACUAUCGAACUUUGAUGAACAAACUCGAAGUGACGAAGAAAGUGAUGAUGGAAGAGAUGAAUAAGAGCAAAGAGAUAGCAAUGAACAAGGAGAAGCUUGGUUACGAGCUUGAACAUGCCACUAAACUAUUUGACAAUGAAGAUAUAAAGAGAGUUAAUUUCGAAACACAAAUCGCGGAGCUUCAAGAGGCCAUUGAAAUGACAGAGAGAGAUCAGGAAAUGAUAAAAUCAGAGACUCAGACAAUGCGAAACAUAUUGAAGAGUACAGAGAAGGACUACGAUCGCAAAAUGGAACACAAAUUGAAAUUAGAGAACGAGAUCCUGGGAAACCUGCAGGAGUGCCUGCUCAACGACAAAGCGGUCGAAUCCAUGGCCAAUGGGAUUAAGAAAAUGCGGGAGAUGUCUAGAAAACAGGAAAUAGCAUUAACAACUAUGGAGAACCAGCAUGCGAGCGUGAUGCUAGAUAUCGAGGUAUACCGGAAUCGGCAGGCGCAUAAUAACAAAAUUCUAGAAGAGAAUUUGGACAAAGUGAAAGCCAGAGAGAAGGAAAUCGACCAGUUGCAAGAAGAGUAUGACCAGAAGGCGCUCGUCAUGACCAGAAAGCAACGGGAGUUGGAUAUCAUCACCAAGAAGUAUCAGGCGCUCAAAGAGAUUUUCGAUCUGAAAUCACCUCAAGAACGACGAAUAGAAGAACUGGAGCAACAGAUAAAAGCUCUCCGGGAGCGUACGGAAAGCAUGCAGCACGAGUGGCUGCGGCUGCAGGGCCACGUGGUCAAGUUGACGUCGCAGCAUCACAAGAUCGUCGGCGACAUCAAUCUCAUAAACAAACAGAUACAAAUCUGUGAGCAGAAGACCAUGCGUAUUCAAGCCGAGUGUGAGAAUGUGUUGCAAGAGCGUGGUCGGGUAGAAAGAUCGCUGCGGACGUUGCGCGGGCAGCUGGAAGUAUUAGAACGCGCGCGUAAGGACGCUGGAGACCGCAACCGCGGCGCACAGCGUGGAAAUCAGGCGAUAACGCUCGAGUACGCCGCCAACCUCAAGGACGCGGAAUCCGAAAUAAUCCAAUUGGAAGAAGAUAUAGAAACAAUGGACAAAGAAAAAGUUAAUCUCACUCAAGAUCUGGAUCGCGUUCAAAGAGAGGCACUGAUUUGGCAGAGGAAGGGUAUAUUAGCCGUGGAUCUCAAAAAGAAUAUUCAGAAUGCUAAAUCAGCAGCAGGUGAAAUUGGUCAAAUGAAAAACGAAAUACAUAGAAUGGAGGUUCGUCGUGAACAGCUCAGACGAACAGGAGAAAAGUUGUCCGAGGACCUCGCGUUAUACGUAACCCGUAGAGAAACUGCAAUGGAGAAGACGAGAGCUGCGGCCGCUGUGGAGAAAGCCCACGGGACUGGCGGCGCCACGUCGCAGUCGACCUAUCGUCACAAACUGAGGCUCGCCAAAGCUGACGUAGCUAGGGUCACCAAGGACUUAGCAGAAGCCAAAGCGCACAUGGAGCAGCUACGGCAAGAGCAAGAGAGGCUGGAGCGAGAGGUGUCGGAGACGAGCGCCACCAACGCGCAGCUCGAGGAACACGUUGCGACGUUGCUGCGCGAGUGUCGCGACACCGAGCGACAAAAGCAAUGGCUGCUAGAACGUGUGGUCCGCAGCCAGCGACUAGGAAACGAGCUGGCGACUGCCAUAAGACGCCAGUCGGUCCGCGUAAAGAAGCCUAAAAGCGCAGUACUGGCAGAGUAUUCCCAGGCAUUGGCUCUUAAUGAACGCAUCAGGUAUAUAGUGGAGACUCUAGCUAAAGAGUACCCUCACAUGGCCGAGAAGUUGGAAGCUAUAUCCAACACCCUCAAUAUACGCAGUCCAAGCAACUCUCCCAGGUUGACAGAAGAUGGAGCCUGUGACCUUGAGGAUGAAUCGGAGUACGUCGCUGAGAAGCCGCUAUGUCCUUAGCUUAUUUUAGGUUAUUGAAGCUCGAGUAUCAAGGAUCCUAUUAGCUAGUUAUUUCCAUGGUGUUUGAUUGUGAUUGAGUCAAUAAAUAUAAUAAAAAAAAUAUGACCUGAGGAUAGUGCUCUCUGUGAAUAUAAACGAACAAGUGUCAAGUACUGAAGUACUUGCCACCAGUUUAUUUAUACCUAGGUAUAAACGAAGGAUGUGGCCUUUCAUCUGAGAUCUACGGAUCUGGUGGUCUACCAUGAAAUGAAAUUCCGAAAUUUCGGGCUCAAUUUCGUGUUUUUGUUCGUACCAAAAUCGACCCAGUAAAUAGAGCUUAAUAUUUCGUUUAUCAUAAAUCCUAUCCUAAUAGUCCAGAGGAAUGAUAUUUAAACAUUUUUAAUAAUUUUAAACAGCAUGUGUUAUGUAAUUUUAACAUCAAAUUUCUGUUUCGUUCGUCCUCGAAAUUUCGGAAAAUAUUUCAUGGUAGGC